AUGAAGGAAUACAAAAUUGUGGUUUUGGGAAACGGUGGUGUCGGCAAAAGUGCACUGACACUUCAAUUUGUGCAGGGUGUAUUUGUGACCAAUUAUGAUGCAACAAUUGAAGAUAGCUAUCGAAAAUUAGCCCAAAUUGAUUCUGAAAAUACGCGAUUAGAGAUUUUGGACACAGCAGGGACAGAACAAUUUUCUGGAAUGCGUGAAACGUAUUAUAAAUCUGCACAAGGCUUCAUUCUUGUUUUCUCACUGGCUGAGAGAUCGACAUAUGAAGAUGUUAAGAAAUUGUACUUUUCGAUUAUUCAAUAUCGUUCACAAGAGGCUCCAAUUAUUUUAGUUGGAAAUAAAUCGGACCUGAUUGGGCAGAGAGAAAUUGAUGAGCAGGAAGCAACAAGUUUCGCCAAGAAGAUGAACAUUCCAUAUUUCGAAACAAGUGCGAAAUUAAACCAGAACGUUUCUCAGAUUUUUGAUGAAUGUGCAGUUCUAAUAUUGAAACUCUCUAUCGAAAAGGAGAGAUACAAUAAAAGACGAAAAGGAAACUUUUCAGAAGAUUCGAAUUUUCGUUCAUUUCUAAAACCAUUUUGCUGUUUUAUGUGUUAA